AUGCGCGCUAGCAAGCUUUCAAGCUUCCUGCUUCCCGCCUUCGCCUUCUCCUCGGCGCCAUUGACCCAGAAAAACAGGAAACGAGAGCCGGUCCAUUGGCUUUUGUCGAUUGUCCCUGCUCUUCUCGAGAUCGACAACGACGACGACGACGAAGACGAAGACGACAACGACGCUGUAGCAGCGGAGAGACCAAACAGAUCGAAGCUACCUGACAACUCGAGUCUCGGCCCCCGACCCGACCCCAACCGGACACGGCAAUCGCAGUCGCCAUGGCCAACUUCAACUGGGUCUCCCGCAUGCUUGGCUGGGACCGGCACUCGAGACAUCAUCACGACUUCCACUCGGAUUGGAUCCGCGACGACCGCAGACGCCCCAGCUCCCAUUGCUUACAAGAGGGUCUACUGCCCCGAACCAGUGUUGCCGCAGUACCGAUCCGAGCAUCUCGAGUCCGCCAUCCCCGCCCCCGAAGUCACAAAGAUCGCCCUGAAGCUGCGCCACCUCAUCGAGCUGGCCGUGCCGUGCGAGCUGGACGAGGACGAGAUCACAAAGGCGCACAGCAAAAUCAUCACCACAAAGGUCAUCAAGGCCGCCAAGGAGGCUGGCGGCUCCCACUACGGAUCCUGCGUCGUCUUCUGCCUGAUCGUCUGCAAGAGAUGGUUCAAGCACCAGGCCCUCGUUGAGCUGUGGGAUGCCGACCUGCACCGCGUGCGCGCCGUCGCCUGCGAGGUCAUCGCCAAGCAGAUCAUCGAAACCGAGGAAGACCUCCAGUACCUCAUGCACUCGGUCCUGCUCCGCCGCUACUCCAUCCUCAUCGAUGGCGAGUCCACGCCGCCCGCCAACGUCAUUGAGAAGGCCGUCGAUCUCCACGCCGUCAGGGUUAUUGGGUCGUCGGGCUACCAGAAGUGCAUCUCGUACCUCUGGAAGGGAUGGCUGGUCCAGGACGAAGACGACCCCGCCGUCUUCGUGGAUUACAAGGACAAGACCAACCCGUCCUUCCUUGUUCACAUGGACCCCGACCGCAUCCGCGCCCCCAUGUACCAGAACGCGACGCAGGUCCUCAUCUCCCUCGUCUACAUCGGCCUCUACACCGCCGUCAUCAACUCGGUCAACGCCAAGGGAGAGCUUGACACGGCUGAGGUGGUGCUGUACAUCUUCACCUUCGGCUUCAUCUGCGAGGAGGUGACCAAGUUCUGGAAGGCCGGCUACCACAUCCUGGGCUUCUGGAAUGCCUUCAACGGCGUGCUCUACUCCUUCAUCUCGCUGUCGCUCAUCCUGCGCAUCAUUGGCCUGACGCACGGCGAGAGCGAAGAGGCUCGCAGAUACUACAGCGAGCUAAGCUACAAUUUCCUGGCCUUCAGCGCGCCCAUGAUCUGGUCCCGCCUGCUGCUGUACCUCGACAGCUUCCGCUUCUUUGGCGCCAUGCUCGUCGUCCUCAAGGUCAUGAUGAAGGAGUCCAUCAUCUUCUUCGCCCUGCUCGCCGUGUUGAUCAUCGGCUUCCUCCAGGCCUUCGUCGGGCUCGACCUGGCAGAUGACCUCGUGGCGGACGACAUCCUCUUCAUCAUUUCCGCCAUGGCCAACGCCAUCAUGCAAAGCCCCGAUUUUGACGGGUUCGAUCGCUUCUCACCGCCGUUCGGCAUCAUCCUGUACUACUGCUUUACCUUUAUUGUCAUGGUUGUGCUGCUCAACAUCCUCAUCGCGCUGUACAACUCGGCAUACGAGGACAUCUACGACAACGCCAACGACGAGUACCUCGCGCUGUUCGCGCAGAAGACGAUGCAGUUCGUCCGGGCACCCGACGAGAACGUCUACAUCCCGCCUUUCAACCUGAUUGAGAUGGUUGUCAUUGCGCUUUUCUGGUGGAUGGAAAAGUCCAAGUUUGAGCGCAUGAGCGACAUCAUCAUGGGGAUCCUCUACUCGCCCGUGCUCGUCGUCGCGGCCGUCUUCGAGACGCAGUCGGCCGCCGAGAUCCGCAGCAACCGGGCGCGGGGCGAGGAGGACGACGACACGAUCGAGGAGUGGGAGCAGAUGAUGGACCAGGUCGACUUCGAGUCGGACGGGUGGAACAAGGUGUGCAUGACGGCCAAGACGAACCUGGACACGGACCCGACGAUUGCCGAGGUGCAGAAGCUGCGCAGCGAGGUCGAGGAGCUCAAGAAGAUGCUGGUCGACAUUUCCAAGGCCGUCGUGGCGUCGGGCGACAAGGCCGGAAAGGCGCCAGCGGCCGACCUGAUUGACCUCGGCGAGGCGGCCGAGGGGUCGAGCAAGAAGAAGAAGAACAAGAACAAGAAGGGCAAGAAGAACAAGAAGGACAAGCAGGCGGCCGGUGACGGUCAGGCGACGGGAGGGUCCAGCUCAAGCGACGAAGAGUGA